UAUUAAAGGAAAUACAGAAUACAGAAGACAAGUGAUGUCAAUCAAAUAAACAAAUUCAACAGGAUUUCAGAGUGACGCGUCGUGACGUCACCGGCGCUCUGACAGACAGCGCUACAUUGUAUCCAUUCAGCAGCCAUGGAGGAAGUGAGAGUGUUUCCCCUGACCUGUGCCGUGCAGAAUUAUGCGUGGGGGAAGGUCGGGCUGGACAGCGAGGUGGCCAAACUGGUGGUUGGCGGAGACCCAGUAGCUGUGGUAGAGGACGGCAAGCCCUAUGCAGAGCUGUGGAUGGGUGCCCACCCAAAAGGCGAUGCCCAGAUUAAGGACAACCGGAUCGCACAGACCACGCUGGGCCAGUGGAUCGCCGACUUCCCUGCCUGCCUGGGUUCAAAGGUCAAAGACACCUUCCAGGGUCAGCUGCCUUUCCUCUUCAAAGUCCUGUCUGUCAACACAGCCUUGUCCAUACAGGCCCACCCCAACAGAGAGUUAGCUGCUCGUCUCCACGCUCAGUUUCCGGAGCACUAUCCGGACAACAACCACAAGCCGGAGAUGGCCAUCGCUCUCACCCGCUUUCAGGGCCUCUGUGGCUUCAGACCAGUGGAGGAGAUCCUGGGAUUCCUUAAAUCUGUCCCGGAGUUUUAUGCUCUGGUGGGCAACGAGGCAGCGGAGGAAUUGCAAUGCAGCGUGGGAGAUGCGGUUCAUACGAGCCAGGUGCUGAAGAAGUGCUUCACCAGGAUGAUGAACUGCGAGAAGAAGGUGUUCGUGGAUCAGCUCAACAUGCUGGUCAAGAGAGUCACUGAAGAGGGUGCAGCAGGGAAGGACACAUCGAGCAGCCAUGGAGAGCUGUUGCUCCGUCUCCACUCCCAGUAUCCCGGAGACAUCGGCUGCUUCUCCAUCUACUUCCUCAACCACAUGGUCCUGGAUCCAGGACAGGCCAUGUUCCUGGGAGCCAACGAGCCGCACGCUUACCUUUACGGAGACUGUAUCGAGUGUAUGGCCUGCUCAGACAACACGGUGAGGGCCGGUCUGACGCCCAAAUACAUCGAUGUCAACACGCUGUGUGAGAUGCUCAACUACAGCCCGGCGCCCGCCAGCUCCAAAAUCUUCCCGUGUGUCCAGGACCCAGCAGAUCCCUGUGUGACCCUGUACGACCCCCCGGUGCCAGACUUCACUGUCAUGAGGAUACAGGUCCCAGCCUCCGUUAAGCAGUACACCGUUGCUCCGGUCGACAGCGCCAGCAUCCUCCUCGUCAUCGAAGGCGACGCCACGGCAACCUCUGCCGCCGCCCUCUCUGACGUCACACUGAGGCGUGGCACCGUUCUGUUCGUCUCGGCCAACGAGAGCGUCUCCCUGCACGUCGCCUCCAGGUCGGGGAUGACCAUGUUCCGGGCCUGCUGCCUCCUGUAGCUGUGAGUCUGAGAGUGAAACCUCGUGCUACCUGUGUGUUUUUGUUUUCCUCUGGUUUGAACGGCCGAAUGAACGAUCGCUGUGCACCUUGUAGUCGGUAGUAUGAUGCCCGUUUGUGCCCGCUGCUCCCCCCUAAACACAAACUCAACCUACAGUUGAAGCUUUAAAACCCAGCAGUUAUCCACUGCUGAUUUUAAUUAUUUUUUACUGUCUUUUUUACCUGUAGUGGUGCAAUUACAUCUUAUAGAAAGAAAAAAAAAGAGGAUGAGCACAUUCAAAAUUCUUUAUAGGUGCUAAAACGAGGACACAUACCAAGAAUAAAAAGUAAAAUAUCUCCACAACACUGGACAGGACCCGAUAAUUGAAGUGCACAUGAACAUGUUUAGAUGAGUUGACCCUUUGUCAGGUUCUUGGUGCUUUCUAAUGAAGAUCAAGCUCUUUCAAAAAUUGCAUGAAGGUUUAUGCUUGACCUUGAAAACAGCAGUUGAGAAAACAACCUCCUCAGGUCCAUUUUGUAGCUGUUCUGGAGCUCAAAAUCCUUUAGGUGCUAAGAAGAAUUGAACAUUUAUACAAUUCCAUAACAACAGGGUGCAUACUAUCUGCUGAUGAAGGACAUAGGAUAUGAUCGGAAGCUCUAGAAUGGCUAAUAAAUGAACCUUUGGUGAGAUCGUUUUCUCAAAAACACCAUCCACUGAUGAUGCCAGUGACACGCAGUUGAAAGUCUGGAAAAGGCCACAAAAUGAGCCGCAAAAUAUUGUGUAAUUAGUUUAUUUUAAAUUGGUUCUCCUUCAGUGUUUCUGACUUUUUUUCCUUUUUUAUUCCUAAUAGACUUGCAGCUGCAUGUUUUUUUCCUAUUGUUACACAUUCAAACAGCACUGAAGCAGGGUGGGGAACUUGUUUACACUGGUGCAGUACACCUCCACCCACCGCUUUGUCCAACUACAGAACCAGCUUGUUUGGGAAUGAGCAUGUCUGUUAUGUGAGCCAGCAGUUAGUCUUUCUAGAAUCACUGGUGCAACCAACUGUUUUAUCAUUUCAGUUCAGCUUGAACUAGUAAACAUCCACCUCUAGGGAAACAAAUACAUUGUUAGCAUAUAAACAAGAUAUAGAGUAAUACUGAGAUGCCUGUGCAUGUUUGAUUUAGAGCAGUAAGUAAGACAAGUAGUACUGCCUUUAACUGUUAGCAUGUGGAAACUUCUCCAAGUAGUAAACAAUCAAUAAGUUAGAACAACAAAGAGGGAACGCUACGUGGGAAUCAGGAAUGCGUAUUGAUUCAAACUUAUAUACGAAUGAAAAAUGCACUACGGCUGCUUGUUGCAUACUUAUACAAUUUGACCCGUUAACACCUCCACGUCGUGUACGGUUGUACAACAAAAUGCUGCAUUCAAUUUUAUAGUAUUAUAAGUGGAACGUCUGUAUUUAUGAGUAUUUGAAGCCGAUUUUUUACAGACUUUGCAUGUUUUGUUGUUUGUACGGGUUCAUCAGUACGUGACAUCUAUAGAGCUGAAACCGCACUGUAUUAUAAGGGUGUUACCUCUACAUUAUGACAUCAUGGGGUGAGCGGUUAGUUGUCACUUUUACGGUUACUUUAUGUUAACAUUGUCACUGGAUCAUUUCAGUACUGUGUAAAUAUUCCAGUUGGUACCAGGGUCAGUCUGAAUUCAGUCAAUCAUGAAGUGGAGUGUUGUUGUUGUAAUAACUUUUUAUAGGUUAUCUUGAAUUACAUAUUUGAGAACGAAUGUUUAUCUGCCUGCCAACCUACCAGCAAGUAAAAUAUUGAUCUGAAUGACGAGAGUGAAUUGAGCCAACGUUGGUAAUGCUUUCAUUUACUUCAUGACCAUGUUAGUGAUGUAGGGUGAUCUCUAAGCUUGUCCCUUAUAUAGAUGCACUAAACCUGCAGUUGUUUGUUGUUGCUGAAACUGUUGAAAAAUGGAAGAAUAUUAAAAAGAUAAAAGGACGUUUAUAGUGAAAAUCACAGCAUCUUUUUGAUUAAAGAACCAUUACCUCGAAUUCAUCCUUCAGCGUCUCUGAAAUUGUAGAGACUCCACUUUUUUUUUGUCAACAAAAAAACCUGAUAUUUGUGAUCUUCUUAAACUUAAUUUCUCUCUCACACACCUUUUGUUGCUGAUCUUGUUUUGAGUCACCUUUUAGUUUAAAUACUGUACUUUUGCACAGGAAUCUUUUAUUUCACCUUUAACUCAUGUCCUUCAAAUGCACACGGAUCUGAAUGCCACAAUGUUUUACCUUAGUUGUUGUAUUUAACAUAUAACAUUUCUUGGGAUAUUUCUCUAGUGAGGGCAUGGAUUAGUAUUUUUGAAUAUGGUGAUGCUGUAGCCUGGGACUGCAAAGAACAUGUGUAUGUAAAAGUGGUUUAAUAAAAACGUGUUCCAUUACUAUUAUUUGUGUUUUGUCUGUGCUGUUCGUUGUUUCAUUUGACAAUAAAUGUCAAAACAUAAGAAGCAGGUUUACAGAGUUAUCUGGAUAACUUUGCGGAGUCAAACCUGAGAUGUUUCUUUUCUUUUAAUCAGACCAUGUACUUGAUGCUCAAGGUUUUAUUCGCAAAGUUUAAGUCCUGAUAACU